ACCAAUCACGGAGCUCCACAAAAUCACAAACUUUCCCAAAUUUCAACAAAAUCCUGAAACAGCCAGAAAAUCGACUCUCAAAACGCGUGUGGUCCGUCUCGGAAAGUGCAACAAACUUCUACGGUCGUUGGAGGACACUAGUGAAAGGAUCAAUUCAGUUCCGGUCCCUUAAGCCCCGUUAUUUAUUUGUGUGUCGUUUGCCUUCUCUCGCGUUCUCCUGUACCAGAAGAUUUCCGGAUCGGGCAGAGACAAAACGGGGAAAAAACUAGUUCGUCGUCCGUUCUGAUAAGCGCAGGUGACUUCUUUAGUCACUGUCGGAUUCCGUCGCUGCGGUGGUUGACCCUGGAAUGCAGGAAGUAGAAGUGCCGUGACCCGCGCCCUUCAGUAGUGCGUACAGUACUUGCUCGUUAAUUAGUGGUCUCCUCCGCCACAAACCGUAUCGGUGAGAGGCUGUUGGCAAUCGUGAUCCCUGAAAGACGGAAUAGCUUGGUUCUCUUUGAGAAACGGGGAAAAUAUUGAGAAAUACGCUUUUGCAUCGCUAAAAAUAGCACUUCAGACCGUGGCCAGAAGGGUGAAAAAGCGUCAAAGUUUGCGUAAAGUGACCAGCCCCCCCACCCCUCAGAGGCGUGGAAAGCGGAGACAGACUCCCUGCUGAUUUUGCUGACCAGAAGGCCGAAAAAGCAAAACAAACAUCACAGCGGACUGGAGAAACAAGCAUCCGCGAAGACCAGAAACAAAGGAGGCCUCGACUGGGAGUGUUUUUUGUCUAAUCAGACACUCACACCAUCUCGGAGCGACGACGACAAUCGCAGAAACGGAACCAAUUGGCCGCAACAGUUCGCGAGAUUUCCAGAGAGUUGUCGCCACUCCUCCACUCUCCGGCCAUCGUGCAGGCGUAGAAAUAACAAACAUACGACAAAACAUUAGCCGUUCCGUGAUAGCAUAAUCCACGCCCCAGCAAGUGGUAGUGGUGAGCCGACCCAUCAUCAUCAUCACCGUAAACACGGAUAGUGCUGCGCAUUAUUUGCGGUGUGUUUACAGCGUCGUAAAGAGGCAUUCGGAACUCUGCCCCGCUUGAGAAGCACUUGGAGGAUCCAGCCAUCUGUAGCAGUCGCACUACCGAGAGAGCCAGACGCAUUCACGAUGGACGUUACGUUGAUCGUGAAGGCCUCGAACCAGCAGUGCGAGGACCUGACCAUCAAAUGUGAACCUUCGUGGACGAUCCGCCGGCUGAAGGGCCACCUCACGGAAGUUUACCCAGGCAAACCGAGUACGGAUGAACAGAAGCUGAUCUACUCAGGCCAGCUGCUUAGCGACAGCGUGGUACUGAAAGAUGUGCUCCGACAGUACGAAGGCCAACAAGCGCACACAGUGCACCUAGUUUUCACUCCAAAGAAUCACUACUACGGCAGCGGUAGCAGCACAAGCAAAGGCAGCACCAGUGGUCCGAGCAAAUCCUCUACUACGGGCAGGAUGUCAGCGAGUCAGAGUCAGGGCACAAGCAGCGGCACCUCAGUGACCAAUAAUGGAGCUUCGAGUGCUGAUUCCACUCAAUCAGCGACUUCCCGGGAGCGUGAUAAUGAACUAGAACAGCAACUGGCAAGCUCGCUUUCAGCCAAUGACCGAGAAGGUCUACGACAACGCAUCACGCGGCCCGCACUAAGGACACUUCCAGGCCCGCCCGCCUUCAUGCAGGAAACGGCUGCCCUGCAGAACUUAGUGCAGCAGUCAUACAUGCAGUACCUUAACCAAUACAUCAACUUGCUAAAUGCUGGACAAAACAAUGUUAAUGCACUUUAUUCCCCAUCGGGUGUUCUACCGCCGAUGGGUACGGGGGCCGCUUCUUUGCAAACGCUCACCGGUUCCUCGGACAAUGUGGCGACAGUUCCUACGGUCCCAAUCAACCAUACGGCACCAGUAGCCAUGUCCGGCCUUCCUACGGCGUACUAUCCCUGCAUGAUGCCAUCCGGUAGCAGCAUUCCAUCCUCAAUGGGAUCGUUCAUCGCACCGACAUCACUUUCCAAUCCAUCACUUGCGGCCAGUUCGUCGACUGUAACGCCAACAGCACCUGCUCAAACGCCAUUCUCGGCACCGGCUGGCCCAAGCUCUUCAUCUAGUGGCACGCAUUCCGACUCUAGCUCACCGACACCACUUGCGACAGGCGGUGAAACGGCGACGAAUACAGGAGCAACAGCGCCUGCAGCAGCACCAAACCAGGCUGGCGAACAGGAGGUGGUUGCCGGUGGAGAGGUUCCUGCUGGUGGUGCUGCGGCUGCUGUACCGGCUGCACGCGCUGCACGACGAUUCCCGAACAUCGUGGUCGAAGAGCAGGACAACAACGAUUGGCUGGAUGUGUUUUUCAGCAUGUGCCGCGUUCUUAUCCUGAUGACGGUCAUUUACCUUUACUCUUCACCUAUGCGCUGUCUCACCGUGCUCGUGAUUGGCGUGAUGCUAUAUCUGAAAAAGCAUUUCGAUCGCAUCUAUCAGGCGGUGGACAGGCGAGUUACGAAUGCCCAACAACCAGCUGCUGCUGCGCCAGGUGUUCAGCAGAACAAUGUACCUGAGGCACCGUUACUGCAACCGAAUGCUCCUGACAUGGGAGAACAGCCACAAGCCGCAGCACCCGCAGCAGCCGAAGAGAACAAUCAACCGGAACGAUCCACCGGUGCUGAUGCAUCGCCAACUGGCAGUAGCAGUACCACCAGCCGAUCGACCGUCCCUCGUCCUCGCACAGACCUUGCAUCCAGCGCCAACAACCGGACCGCAGAGGUCCCGGCAACCACAGAACAGCGAGAGCCCGUUGGCACUGAGGCGACGACGACUAACACUGUGGAAGAAGUGGCUGCCGAAGGCCAACGGAUGACGUUCAACGAUAUGACGUCCUUCCUGGGCACACUGGUGAUAACGUUUUUCACCUCCAUUAUCCCGGAUACGCCGGCGGCCUAAACAGCGAACAAAUUGUGAGGUCGCUGAACCCCGCUGCACCAUAAUGGUUCUGUACAGAUUGGCAAUAUCGCGCACACAACCAUUCCAGAGGAACGGCCCCGUGUGCGUAUGUGUGCGUUUGUGCCUCACGUCUUGAAGACACUCGCCAACACAUUGUUGUUUCGUUUUUAAUUUUGUUCCGCCCUACCUGUACCUCCCCCCAUGCACUGUGUCCGGUGUCCUUUGUAAUUCGUUUUCCGCUUAAUGUUAUGUACACUUAAUCUAUACAUAUGCAUAUUAUAUUUUGCUAGCCAUGUAUGUUCUAUUGAUGUAGUCAGUAAUGUACACGUUUCAAACAUUAUAUUAAUUAUGCUGUUGGAACGCCAUAAUUGUUUCGUUCGAUUUCGUUGGUCAUGCGGACAGAUAUUCAAAUUUACCCUUUCGAGUUAAGAAUUGAGACCCGUGCUAUCUGUAGUGAGCGCGUUUCCCGCUGGAACGGAGAACUGCGGUAUGGUUGAUGGUGCUGAAUGUGAAUUACAAAAAAAGAUCUACCACGUUUAUAUUAGAUGUUAGAGCAGAUUAAGGAGAAACCGGCAUUGAUGGCUUUAAUGUAAGUGUAACAUACGUGUAGGGAUGGAAGAUUGAUCAUUAGGAUCGUGUCGUUAAAAAUAAAAUAAAAUAUUCGCAAAUGCA